GUGAUAUAAAUUUAGAUCCAAAACCAUCCUAAAUACAGACCCCCUCGCCCUGUCUGUUCUCUUCUCUGUGUUCAGUGUCUCUGCUGGGUGAGAGUCAUGGAUUUGAGCAGCAUGGCCGAGAGACUUCGAGUCAGAACAGGGAGGAAGCCUAUGUAUAAUGUGGAUGAUUCAGACGACGAUAUGGAAGCUAUGACAAACGUUAAGGGGGAUAAGCCUGAUCAAAAUAGGUCCGAGAGGAUUAUAAGGCCUGAUGCUAAAGACGACACAUGUCAAAGCUGUGGAGACAGUGGCAAACUUCGUUCCUGUGACACAUGCAAUUAUGCUUACCAUUUGAAGUGUCUGCUUCCACCUCUUAAGAUCAUGCCUCGUGGCAGUUGGAGUUGCCCUGAAUGUGUUAGCCCUCUGGAAAAUAUUGAAAAGAUUUUGGACUGCGAAAUGAGACCAUGUGAGGUUGAUGAGGGUGAAGCACCAAAAGGCAGCACAAAACCAAAAUUUGUCAAACAGUACCUUGUGAAGUGGAAGGGAUUGUCUUAUUUGCACUGCUCAUGGUUGCUUGAGGAAGAAGUACAAAAGGCUUUCAAGAAAAUUCCUCGUUUGAGGACUAAAGUAAACAACUUCCAUCAAAAGAUGGGUUCAAAUACUUCAGAAGAGGAUUAUGUGUCUAUUAGACCAGAGUGGACUACCGUUGAUCGAAUCAUUGCUACCAGGAAGGAUAGUGAGAAGCGUGAGUAUCUCGUGAAAUGGAAAGAGCUUUCAUAUGACGAAUGCACUUGGGAAGUCGGAUCAGAUAUUUCUCCAUUUCAAUCUAAAAUAGAUAGAUUUUAUUCGCUACAAUCAAAGGCUGAUAAAAAAAGCAAGUCAAAGAACUCAAAUCGGGGCACCAAAGAAGCAAAACGCAAGCAAAAGGACUUUCAACAAUUUGAUAAAACCCCUGAUUUUCUUUCUGGCGGUUCCUUACAUCCGUAUCAGCUUGAGGGAUUGAAUUUCUUACGCUUUUCAUGGUCUAAGGAAACACAUGUUAUUCUUGCUGAUGAGAUGGGCCUCGGGAAAACUGUGCAGAGUAUAGCCUUUUUGGCAUCUCUUUUUGAAGAGAAGAUCUUUCCUUACUUAGUAGUGGCACCUCUUUCGACAUUACGCAACUGGGAGCGUGAAUUUGCAACAUGGGCCCCACAAAUGAAUGUUGUGAUGUAUGUUGGGAGUGCUCAAGCUCGGUCAGUCAUAAGGCAAUAUGAGUUCCUGCGACCAAAAAUGAAACCAAAGAAACACAAGUGGAAAGGAAAACAAGUCCCUCCUUCCAAACAAAGCAUGCAAGAUAGGAUAAAAUUUGAUGUACUUCUAACUUCAUAUGAAAUGAUUAACUUUGAUACACCAUCCUUAAAACCAAUAAAGUGGGAAUGCAUGAUAGUUGAUGAGGGUCACCGCCUCAAGAACAAGGAUUCGAAAUUAUUUCAGAUAUUAAAACAGUACACUACUAAGCACCGUGUUCUUCUAACUGGCACUCCUCUUCAGAAUAACUUGGAUGAGCUCUUCAUGCUGAUGCAUUUUCUUGAUGCUGGAAAGUUUGCAAGUUUGGAGGAAUUCCAAGAGGAGUUCAAGGAUAUUAACCAGGAGGAACAAAUUGCCCGCCUUCAUAAAAUGCUAGCGCCCCAUCUCCUCCGAAGAGUCAAGAAGGAUGUCAUGAAGGAUCUUCCACCUAAGAAGGAGCUUAUUUUGCGUGUUGAACUAAGUGCUUUGCAGAAAGAAUACUAUAAAGCCAUUCUGACUCGCAAUUAUCAGAUACUGACUCGUCAUGGUGCUGCUCAGGUUUCCCUCAUGAAUGUUGCUAUGGAACUGCGCAAACUCUGUUGUCAUGCAUAUAUGUUAGAGGGAGUUGAGCCCGAGAUACCAGAUGCCGAUGAAGCGUUCAGGAAGCUGCUUGAAUCUUCGGGGAAAUUACUAUUGGUGGACAAGUUGAUGGUAAAGCUUAAAGAGCAGGGGCAUAGAGUCCUCAUAUAUUCACAAUUUCGUCACAUGUUGGAUUUGUUGGAAGAUUACUUGACUUACAAGAAAUGGAACUAUGAACGCAUUGAUGGAAUUGUUAGUGGAGUAGAGAGACAAAUUCGUAUAGAUCGGUUUAAUGCCAAGGAUUCCACACGAUUUUGUUUUCUGCUUUCUACUAGAGCUGGAGGGUUGGGCAUAAAUCUUGCAACUGCAGAUACAGUUAUAUUAUAUGACAGUGAUUGGAACCCACAUGCUGAUCUACAAGCUAUGGCUAGGGCCCACCGGCUGGGGCAAACUAAUAAGGUGAUGAUAUAUAGGCUUGUUACUCGUGGGACUAUCGAAGAGAGGAUGAUGCAGAUGACAAAAAAGAAAAUGGUAUUAGAACAUUUGGUUGUGGGGCGCUUGAAAGAUUCCAGUUUCAAACAGGAAGAAUUGGAUGACAUCAUUAGAUACGGAUCACAAGAGUUGUUUGCUGAAGAUGAAGAUGAAUCUGGUAAAGCUCGCCAGAUUCAUUAUGACGAUGCAUCAAUUGAUAGACUACUUGACCGUGAAAAGAUCAACAAUGAAGAGGCUUCCGUUGAAGAUGAGGAUGAUGGAUUCUUGAAGGCUUUCAAGGUUGCAAAUUUUGAGUAUAUAGAUGAAGAAGAGGCUACAGCAGCAAGGGAAGAGGAAGCAAAGAAGCAAACUGAGAUAAAACAACAAGCAGAAAACAUGGCUGAGAGAGCGCGUUAUUGGGAGGAACUAUUGAAGGGAAAAUAUGAGGAACACCGUCUUGAAGAGUUUACGGCAUUGGGCAAGGGAAAGCGCAGCCGGAAACAGAUGGUAUCUGUAGAGGAAGAUGAUCUUGCUGGAUUGGAAGAUGUGAGUUCAGAAGAAGAGGAUAAUGAUGAAGGUGAUUGGACAGAUAAUGGAAUGGGUUCGGGUGGUGGGAGAAAAAAUCAUUCUUCAAAGAAGAGAUCUCGAGUGGAUACGAUGGAAGCACUUCCUCUAAUGGAGGGUGAAGGAAAAUCAUUUAGAGUUCUUGGAUUCACUCAGAACCAGCGAGCUGCAUUUGUUCAAAUAUUAAUGAGGUUUGGGUUGGGUGAAUUUGAUUGGAGCGAGUUUGUUUCACGUAUGAAGCAAAAAACCCUGGAGGAGAUCAAAGUAUAUGGCACUCUCUUUUUGACUCACAUUGCAGAAGAUAUUACAAAUUCACCAACCUUUUCAGAUGGUGUACCAAAAGAAGGAUUAAGAAUCCCUGAUGUGCUUGUUCGGAUUGCAACUUUACACCUUAUUAGAGACAAGGUGAAGUUCUCGACAGAAAAUCCAGGGUUGCCCCUCUUUGCUGAAGACAUUGUGUCACGCUUUCCAGGGUUGAGGAGCAGUAGAUAUUGGAAAGAAGAACAUGACUUGUCUUUAUUAUGUGCUGUUAUGAAGCAUGGCUAUGGAAGAUGGCUUGCUAUUGUUGAAGAUCCACAUCUGGGCUUUCCAGGUAUCAUUUGCCAAGAGCAAAAUUUGCCAUAUGUGAAUGGUUCCCUCGCAGGAUCCUCACAGAUGCAAGAUGGUGCACAUUGUUCUUUUCCUGAAACCAAUUUCGCUCACGAGCAAACUGGUUCUUCAAAUGGAACAAUCAAUAGCCAGUUAAGAGAAGAUGGUAUAAGACAUGGCUCAGGAAGUGUUGAUGAAGCUGUUUCUGAUGGGGGAAGUCAGGUUUUCCAAGAUGGUUUGAUGUCAUAUGAAAGUAUUCAAGUGCAGAGAAGGCUUGUGGAGUUUAUUAAGAAGAGGGUGAACUUCUUAGAGAAAGCUUUGAGUGUAGAAUACCAGAAAGAUUACUUUGAGCAGCAGAAUGAUGCUAAAGGGUUUGAGUCUUCAAGUGCUGAGCCAGAAGUGGAGCCCAUGGUGCAUGAUACGCCAAAAGUGCAAGAUAUUCCCAGUCCAAAUUCUCUGGAUGCCGACAAUCAAAUGCAAUCGUUGUCUUCUUUAGAUCCGAUAGGUAAUGGGGAGUUAAUCAUAAACGCAUAUGAUAAUGAUCCAGAACGCCUGGAAAUGGUCCGCCUUUACAAUGAGAUGUGCAAACUGGUAAAUGAUAAUGAGCAAGACUCGGUCCAAACCUACUUUGGCAACAAAUCAGCUGGCUUCAGGUUAAGGAAGAACCUUAAGGUUUUCGAAGGCAUUCAUGAGGAAGUUCAGAGAAUCCUUGGCAGCAAACCACCUCAGGCUUCUCCUGCGACAGUUGUCUCAGAAUCGAAUCCACAUAAGUUAGUCCAAUCAGAACAAAAGCAACCGGUUAAAGUUGGAGUUCCAGGGACAAGUGAAAGGUUAGAUUGUACAAGUUCUGAGAUAAAGGCAAGUUCCAUUAAUGGUGCCUCUAACCCUGGCUCGAGUGCACUGCCCUCUGAAACCCUGCUGAAUUUAGCGAAUAACACUAGCAUGGCCUCUGAAGUCCCGCUGAAUUUAGCAGAUACCACUAGCAAGGCCUCUGAAACCCCACAAAACUUGGUUGCUAGCAAGGACAUUGAAAACAUUGAAAACUCUGAAAAUUUAGCAACCAACAGUGGCAAAGGUCCUGAAACCCUGGAAAAUUUAGCGACUGACACUAGCAAGACCACAACGACCCCUGGAAAUUUAAUGCCCAACCUUGGCAAGGUCCCUGAAGCCGUGGAAAAUUUUGCAACUAAUAGAAGUGAGACCUCUGAAAUCCCUCUGAACUCAGCGGGUAGGAGUUAUAAUGAGGGUACUUGCGAACCUCCAUCGAAUUUGGAACUGAAAGCUUCAACACUAUACAAGCCUACUGCUUCUACAGUUCCUAGCGGGGACUCUGAAGUCCCAAGUGGAACAAGGGAAGCGAAGGAUCCGGAUUUAACCGUGGCUAUGGAGGCUGCAGAACUGAUUUGAACAAAUGGUUGAGAUUCACAGACAGGGCUGAGAAGCCGGCAGCUGGUGUCCAUGUACUGGUAUAUGAGAGCUAUAACACACUUUUACUAAUGGAAAGGGAAAGGUUUAAAGGGUUUAAUGUCAUACUUAUCCAUGUAUUCAUCUACUGAGGUUUUGAAUGUUCUUAGAUCCCAAUUGGGGCAUUUAUGUUCAUGACGUUUAUGUGAUUGUUGAUCCAAUUAUAUCAAAAUUUUUGUUUGAGCCUA